AUGUCGACCGCCGCGGCGAGAGCGCUCGCGGCGGCGGUGGACGCCGAGAGGCGAGCGACGAGCGCGGCGAAGGGACGCGCGCUCGCGAGGAUGGAGGAAACGAUAGACGUCGAACGCGUGGAAGACGGCGAGGCAUCGAGCGCGAUGGAGGUGUCGCCGAUUACGGUGUACGAGACUAAAUACGCCGAGGCACAGACGAGAAUGAUCGCCGUCAACGACUCUUUCAUAUGUUACGGGAUUCGAAACGGGCUGAUUCGCGUCUUUUCGCGAAAGACAUCGAAUGUUCGCUCGCUUUUGCGCGGCCACUCCGACUCGAUCUCGACGCUCAAGUUUUUGGCCAACACGGAUGUGUUGCUCUCGGUGGAUUUUCGUGGACGAGUGAUGGUACGGAAACUGUCUUUGUUGGAGAGCGACAUGAAUUCGUUGGAGGAUGAUGGCGCAAACGGGACCAUUACGGCGCAAACACUCGUGGAUUUUGAUUUUCAGGUCGACACGCCCGAGGGUCACUGGCCUCCGUCCGUGUGCUGGAUGCCGCUUGACUCGAGAAAGCCUGGACGAUGUGAAUUCGCUCUCAGCGCGGGCACGUGCGUGGUGUGCUACGAAUUUUCUCUCAUGAUGAAGGGUGAUGCUCCAGCGCUGGAAAUCGAUCUAAACGCACCGCCCGCUAUGAGUGGUUUACAGGUAAUAGAGUUUGACGCGCCUGUAUCGUGCGUUGACAGCGCACCCGUUGGGCGCAAAAUUGUCGCCGCUAGUGAGGGUCGAGCGUAUGUGUUGGUCAAAGCGGACGGCGAGACGGAAUUUGAGUGCACAGAUACGCUCCCUUGGACCGUAGAAACCGCCGUGUUCGCGUCUGCUGAUCGAGUGAUUCUUGGAAAUGAAAACAACUCCGAGUUGAUUGUUGUCGACGUGACUCAGGAGACGCCGUUUGCGGUCCAACGCGUCGUAUUCAAGUCCGAUAACGACAAGCUGUUUAACGUGGGAUUACAGCACAACCCGGAAACUGGCAUUGUUCUCCUGUCGAACACGCGAAUGAACGCUGUGUACGCGUUGCACUUCGACAAAAGCUUUGAUUACAUUGCGCGCUUCGAGGCGUCGCAACCGAUUUUGAGCUUUGACGCAAAUGUCAUUCACGAAGAGGACGGUGGCGCCAAGAUGCAGCUGUUUUGCAUGCAAACUCAGGCGAUUCAAACCUUGUCAAUGGCCGUCGAGGCGUGUGUACCUCCCGAAGGUGCUCUCGCUGCGGUCGGUUCUCCUGGUACUCCAAAGAGAACGCUCGAGCACUCGUCAUCAGCUACAUUACUCACGCCUGACAUGUUUGGUGGAGCUGAACUUGCUGGUGACGAGGAAGAUGAGGAACCCAAUGUCAGCUUGGAGAAACGAAUCUUAUCCGCUCCUGCCAUGGCUGAGCGAGUAGAUGAGUCUGAGAACGACGAGGACGACGGGGAAGAGUUCGAGUCUGCGGAAAUGAGUGAGAGCAUGGAAGCGGCGAUGGUGUCAAGAGUGCCCGUUGAUAUGAAGCAGAUUCGGGCCAUCAUUCGCGACGAAAUGCGCGAUAUUCUCGACGAAUUACGCGCGGAACGACGCAAAGCGGCCGAAGAGCGCGCUACGGAUAUGGAACGUGCACGCAAGGCGAGCGAAGCCGCCGCCGCAAACUUGAAGCGCGACAUCACGAGCGCCAUCGCAACUCUGAUGCAGCAACACUCAGUAGAGAACGCGAAGACUCUCGAGGCCGGUGUAGGUCGAGCUCAGUCCGUGGCCGCAACGAGUGCGCAGACAGCGUUGAAGUCCAUCGUCGGUCCUUCCAUUGAUGGCGCCGUUCGAGCUCAUAUGGAAACUUCUGUCGUGCCAAAGAUGGAAAUGGCGUGUGCCACUAUGUUUUCUCAGGUGAAGCAAACUUUCGAGCGCGGCAUGCUCGAUUUGAAUACUGAGCUUCUAGCCGCUCGUGAGUCCGCGGCGAUCGCGCAAGUGACUCCUUUCGUCUCUGGUCUUCGUCAAGCGACGACUGAGAUCCGGCAAGCGGCGACGGCAUUGAUGACUGAUGUCCCCAACCAAGUGGCGCAAGCGAUGUCAAAGAUUACUCCGAUCGCGCCGCCACCGGGUAUGUCACCAAAGAGUGUUCAAGGGAAGACGCUUGCGCAGAUCGAGCAGCGUCUGGAUCCGACGGCGGAGAUUGGAAAGUUGCUUCAGGCAAACCAAAUUGAUCGCGCCUUCAACGUCGCGCUCAGCAUGAGCAAGGUGGAAGUUGUGAUGUGGCUCAUCACUCAGGUUGCCAGUGACCGUAUUUUCGGUCAAAACCCGUGUCCGUUGUCUCAAGGCGUGCUUUUGUCGUUAGUGCAGCAGCUCUCGAGCGAUUUGGCUACACCAGACGCGCGUACAAAACUUGACUGGAUUCGGGAUUCCUGUCUCGCAAUCGAUCCGGCUGAUCCGUCUCUGCGCCAGCACAUGCGUCCAGUGUUGAGUGGCGUGCAUCAGGCCCUUAUGGCGGCAUCUAACUCGCCCGCGAGCGCUCCCGAUGUUCGUGCUGGAACUCGGCUGUGCAUCCAUGUCGUUAAUUCGAUGUUGUCAUCGUUGUAG